CUUAUUCAUUCGUUUCGGCAACACUUCCUCUGCGAGAAGGAACUCAAAUUUAAGUUCACCAGCCAUGCUCAACUCUUUGGCCAAAAGAAUUGUGCUGAUGCCCAGCCUUAUAGCACUGGAGGAUACGUGUCGAUCUAUUCACGUUACCGCCUUAAUGGCGAGGAUGGGUAAGGAUUUCUGUCCCGUGAGUGAGGUUCCCGACUGCAAAGUGGUGAAGAAGCGACCGUGCAGUCCCACGGAUCCACCAGUUCGUCCUUGCAGCGAGGAGGGCUGCACCCAUCCGCGAUACUCAUGUUGCGUGAGUACCGGCAUUUCGGCGAAUCCAUGCGCUGAUCCGAGCAAGAAGACCAAGUUCGUUUCGAUGUGGAAGAGAUACAAGGAUGAAGAUACUAAUCGGCCGGAAGCUAUGUGGCACUACCCGGAGGAGUGCUGUCCGAAGUGUGAGGAUACGCGAUUUGACGUUCUGUACUACACACCGUCGGACAAGUGCCGGGAGUUCCAGCGCACCUGGUGGGAAUGCUGUCCGAAAAUGGUACCGAAGCGGGUCUGCUGCUGGUGCGACGCCAUUCCACCGGAGGUCCUGCGGCGGGAUUUGCCCAUCUGCCCGCGAUCCGCUUGUCUCGCAGAACACGAAAGGAAGCGCUAUAAGUGCCUAAACAAAAGGUACAAGGGUUGCUUGCGCGUCCGUAUGCCGUGUUGUCGAACCGCUCGAAUACCACCCGACUGCCGGGCAUUCCCCGGUCCUUCCGAUUGCGAGAAGAUCAAGUGCCCGUUCCCGAGUUACUCCGAGUGCGUUCAGGAGGAUCCCGCUGUUAUCCCAACCCGGCCACCAGAGUGUGAGUGCCUGAAAAAGGCGUCUCAGUGCGAGCAGAUCCGACGAGGACGUCACAUGGAAAACAACAACAUAAGCAUCUGGCCCUGUACUUCCAGGGGAACAUGAAGUCCAUAGUCGAAAGUUAUAGUAAC